AUGGCUGACUGGUCUGAUGCACAAACCCGUAUUCUUAUUGACGAGCGUAGAAAUAGGAACGAAGAAUACUAUGACUUAGGAAGGAACCGAAACAUAUUUUGGGAAAGUAUUGCGACGAGAAUUAAUGAAGGGCAGGGUACAAACUUCCAGGGACAUCAUUGUAAAGAAAAAUUCAGGAACCUUGUUCGGGAUUAUAAUGCGAUGUGUGAGUAUAUGAAUGGAAGUCGAACAGCUCGAAGGAGUCGAACAGGUGCUAAAUAUUUUGAGGAGUUUCGCUCUCACUUUUGGGAAAAACCGGAAGACUCUUUUGAUAGGAUUCGUAAUAUGAACAUUUCUAAUCGUAGAAGAGGCAGAGGAAUUGUUUCACCUGCACCCUCCAUUGAUAUGAUUGAACAG